GCGCAGCUGCAAGAAUGGCUGGUAAUCAUUGGAGGGCUGGUGGCAGGGGGCGGAGAGCUCCGGUGUCUGGUUUUGGGCGGGAAUUGAAACCGCCGCUGCUGCCAACAAGAACUUGAAAGCUGCGAAUUUUCAGCCUAGGAGGGGGCCAUGGUGCGGCCUGUGAGGCAUAAGAAACCAAUCAAUUACUCACAGUUUGAGAAUUCUGACAGCGAUGAUGACUUUGUUUCUGCAACUGCACCUUUAAAUAAGAAACCCAGAACAACACCGAAGGAGUUGAAACUGGAAACAAGGAAACCUAAGCUGAAGAAUGUCCAGAAAGAAGAUAUCCCACUACAAGAGAAAACACCUAAAAAAAGGAUGGCUUUAGAUGACAAACUCUACCAGCGAGACUUAGAAGUCGCACUAGCUUUAUCAGUGAAGGAACUUCCAACAGUCACCACUGAUGUAGAAGAGGCUCAAGAUAAAAGCACUGAAAAAUGCAGCAGCAGCGGAAUCAGAACAGUGACUAAGUCUCCCCAUAUCUCCAAUUGCAGUGUAGCCAGUGAUUAUUUAGAUUUGGAUAAGAUUACUGAGGAAGAUGAUUUGCACGGUGCUCAAGGGAAAAGAAAAGCAGCAUCAAAAGCUGUGGUACAACAGAGGAAGAUUCUUUUGGAAGGCAGUGAUGGCGACAGUGCUAAUGACUCUGAACCAGACUCUGCAACUGGUGAAGAGUCUGAGGACGACUCUGAUUUUAGUGAGAGUGAAGACGAUGACGAAGACUUCACCAUGGGAAAAAAUAAAGCGAAAGAAAUUAAAAAGAAAGAAGUGAAGGUAAAAUCGCCAGUUGAGAAAAAGGAGAAGAAGCCUAAAUCCAGAUGUGAUACUUUGGAAGUGACUUCAAGAGACUCUGCUCCAGCUGCUGUGAAAUCAGAAUCUCAGCCUUCACCAAAAAAGGUUUCUCUUCCUUCAGAGGCCACUAGGAAACCAUUACAAAUAUGCAGCCCUUCAGCUGAAAGCAGAAAACCUAAGUGGGUCCCACCAGCGACUUCUGGAAGCAGCAACAGCAACAGGAGCCCACUGGCAGGGGUGUCUGUUAAGUCUCCAAAUCAGAGUCUCCGCCUUGGCUUGUCCAGAUUAGCACGAGUUAAACCUUUGCAUCCAAAUGCCGCUCAUAGCUGAGUGUGGCAGUAAACAAAUGUUUGAUUAAGAGAAACAGAGUUUUACAAUGUGUUUCUAUUUGAAUUGUGUUUCUAUUUAAGGAAGGUGUGUCAUAAUAUAAAGGAAUCUUUUAAUGUCAUGUGAAUUGCCUCUGCCUAUUUUGUGAAGAUGUUCUCUGAAGCUGUUCAAGACUUCAAGAAGAAAAUUGUUUAUAAGAAUUAUCUUGUGGUGUCAUUUCCUCCUGAAGAAUCUAUUCUCUUUUUCCUGUGUUUAUAAUAAGGCAUUGUCAUUAAGUGAUUGUCCCUUCGAUAAGGAGGAAGUCCAUGUUGCAUACUGCUCUUUUCUAGUAAAAUGAUGUUGCUUUCUAGCUUUGUCUAAUUUAUGGCACCUUAAGUUUCACUGUUGAGAAUUUAUCUGGUGAAAGGAAACAUUCCCAUUUUUCCCAGGAGACAUUUCUGAAAUCUUAAGUUACAUGAUCAGUUUUACUGCAAAGAUGUUUCAUAUUUUAGCCAAUAUUUUUAUAAUAAGAAUCCAGAAUUAUUUUACACAUUAAAUUGGUUGCUGUAAUGUGGCUUAUGUCUCCUACUCAGAAGUAGAUGUUUAUUGUAUAGCCAACAGAAUUUCAUGAGAUUUUAUGAAGCUCUCAUUGUCAAAACCUGUAAUAAAAGUGGAAGAGUCUCGGUGUUCUCUUUUCCUUGAUACCGUUACAUCCAUCUAUCUCUGAUUGUCUACAUUUCAUGAUUAAAUGAAUGUU